AUGUUAAAAUGGGAAACAAGUGAGAAGACUGAUGAUAAAGUUAGAAACAAAAUAUCACGUUUGGAAAAGGAGUUAAAGUCUCGACGAAAACCACCCGAGGAUUAUCGUAAUAAAGAACUUGAAUAUAACUUUUGCGACGAGUAUGAAGAAAUGGAGUCCGACGCGUACGAUUACGGCGUUGGCAGUGGUAAUGUUAGCGUGGAAGAAGCCGCAGCUGAGAGCCGCAGGUCAAAGUCCGUCAUUGAAAUACCCACGCUGGCACCCCUGUUGCUUGAAGAUGAAACUAUUAUUACUGAAAAGUCUUUAGAAGGAGUCCAUGUUCAUUCACCAUUACAAGACGAGGAAAGUGUACCGGGAGCGGAGCGUGCAGCCCGCGCGCAGGCUCGGUUCUACCUUCCACAGCAGCCCGCCGCUCUCGGGAAACCGCCAGCAGCACAGUGCCCACCGCUGACCAACCGGCUACAGAACUAUCACAGCCGCCGCUAA